AUGCUUUUAACUACCAAGAUUGCUGGCGUAGCACCGUUGCUGCUUGCUGCCGCUAGCAGUGUAUACGCCGCAACAACAACAGGACAGUCGACACUCCAAGUUAACGUGAACGACACUGCUUCCAUAAAAACCGCUGCAAAGACUGUCGCAAAGAACCUGAUAUCAUACUACUCUGGUGAUAAACCUGGACAAACCAUCGGCAUUCUACCUGGGCCCCCGCCAGCUGGGCCGUACUACUGGUGGGAGGCUGGUGCCAUGUGGGGGACAAUCAUCGACUACUGGCAUUACACCGGCGACGACACAUACAACACCUUAGCCAAGCAGGCCCUCGUCUUCCAAGCCGAUCCGCCUCAGAACAGCUUCAUGUCGCCCAACUGGACUGCCUCUCUCGGUAACGAUGAUCAGGGCUUCUGGGGAUUGUCUGCCAUGCUCGCCGCCGAAGUCAACUUGCCCUUGGCUCCGGGCGAAGCUGAUUGGCUUGAAAUGGCCCAGGCCGUCUUCAACACUCAGGCUGCCGACGACCGCCACGACGAUGAAUGUGGUGGAGGUCUGCGCUGGCAGAUUUUCCACUCCAAUGCUGGAUAUGACUACAAGAACACCAUCGCCAAUGCCUGUUUUUUCAACCUGGGCGCAAGGUUGGCCCGCUAUACCGACAACAGCACCUACUCCAAGUGGGCCGAGAAGACCUACAACUGGAUCAGGGAUGUGGGUUACAUCGACAAGAACUGGAACAUCUACGACGGUGGUCAUGUCCCCCAUAACUGCACAGACAUCAACAAGGUCCAAUGGUCAGCUAACGCAGCCAUCAUGAUCCACGGUGUCGCCAUCAUGUACAACAUGACCGAAGAUGCUGAAAAGUGGGGAAAGCCCCUUACUGGACUCGUCAACCGAACCCUCGAGUUCUUCUUCCCCAAGGGCGUAAUGGUCGAACGCGCCUGCGAGCUAAGCGACAGACUUCUAUGCAACGUCGAUCAGCAUUCCUUCAAGGGCUACCUCCUCCGCUCCUUAGCCACGGCCGCCCUCAUGGCGCCUGACCUCGUCCGAGAACCCAUCAUCAAGACCUUCAAGACCAACAUCGAGGGUGUUAUCGACAGCUGCCUGGCCGACGGCACAUGCGGUUACCGUUGGAAUGUCGGAAAAUACGACGGCGACGUGGACAACGGUCCCGCCGGUCAGGGAAUGAGCGCGCUUGCGGCUUUCUCAACCUAUCUGAUUACCGAGGAACAGGCUGUGUUCAAGCCGCUGGUCACCAACAGCACCGGUGGUGAGAGUCGUGGUAAUCCCAAUGCGGGAGAGAAGCCGGCGACGCUCCUGUCCAUGUCGGAGCUUACAGGGAAAGACAAGGCGGGCGCGGGAGUGCUUACCGCGUUCGUGGUGUGCUCUAUCCUGGGAACGUACUUCUUCUUGGUCACCGGGGUAGGUGAGCGUAAGUAA